AAAAAACUUCAGAACACAGAGCUUGUAACUUGGCAACGUCUGCUGCGUCUGGAAGAUGGGACUGGAUGUCGGAUAUUUUUGGACUCGGAUAAUCCUGCAGGUAGAUCAGUGAGUGGAGGAUGUAGAGCAACAGAAAACAAGCAGGGCAUCGGGAGAACCUCUCCCAUCGCUCCUAACACCUCACCCCCAAAGUUACACUAAACAUAAAUGAAUGAAGAUCUUUAAUCAGCAGUAAAUCUGUAGGUCUUUCUGUCUGGAUGCAGUCAAAGGAGGUUCUGUAUUCGGUGCGGUUUCAGUUAGACAGGAGGUUACAUGAGGAACACGUCACGCCUCACUUACUGAGGAAAAACUGUUUAUUUAUAAACCAAAAUGAGUUCUAUUCAAUACUUUCUUUCAGUAAACAUGAUUUAACUCUACAUUUUUGUAAUACAGAUUAAAAUAUUAAUCUUUUUCUCUCUCUCCCUGUUUCUCUCUCUCUGUCUGCCUCUCUGUCUCUCGCUGUCUCACUCUCUCUCUGUCUGUCUGUCCGUCUGUCUCUCUCUCUCUCUCUCUCUCUCUCUCUCUCUCUCUCUCUCUCUCUCUCUCUCUGUCCGAGUAGGAAGAGUCUGGCAGAGGGUUUAGGAGUCUCGCCCACUCUCUGAUCGAUCCCAGUCUCCACACAGCCGUGUUUUGCACACACGCACACACACACACACACACACACACACACACACACACACACGGCCACAUCGCAGUGUGUGAAAAUGCUCUGGUGUGGAUUGUGCUUGGCCCUGUGGCUCAGCAGCGUGCCGCUCUGGGCUCUUCCUUCCACCAGCAUGAAGAUCACUCAGGCUCUGCCCCUGCAACUUCCUGACUCGAGUCAGCCUGCCGUCUGUCCGCUCUUUUGGACCGAGUUCGACGGCUACUGCUACCGUUUCUUUCCCCUGAACCGCACGUGGGCCGAGGCCGACCUGUACUGCGCAGAGUUCUCCAACGGUCACCGGUCAGGAAAACUCGCCUCCGUACACAGUUGGGAGGAGAACGUGUUCGUGUACGAUCUGGUGAACAGUCGCGUGCCGGGAAUACCGACGGAUAUCUGGAUCGGCCUACACGACCGGAGACAGGAGGGAACCAUGGAGUGGACGGACGGAUCACCGUACGAGUACAGCUACUGGGACGGAAACCAGCCGGACGACGGAAUCCACCGGAUCUCUGAGGAGGAGGACUGUGUGGAGAUCUGGUACAGACAGAACAGCGCGCUCAGGUCCUGGAAUGACAACAGCUGUGACAAAGCUUUUCCUUUUGUCUGUAAAAUCCCCAUGCUGGAGCACUAACGUCCUGCACUGAGCUCAUUACUGAGACACGGA